CUGGGCUCUGGUGAGGAGCAGACGGGCCGUUCCGGGUCGGCGAGGAGCUCGCGGAGCUCGCGGGCGGGGAGGAUGAACACGAUCAAGAACGUGCCGGCGCGGGUGCUGAGCCGCAGGCCCGGCCACAGCCUGGAGGCGGAGCGGGAGCAGUUCGACAAGACGCAGGCGAUCAGCAUAAGCAAAGCCAUCAACACCCAGGAAGCUCCAGUGAAGGAGAAGCAUGCACGCCGCAUCAUUCUGGGCACCCACCACGAAAAGGGGGCCUUCACCUUUUGGUCCUAUGCCAUCGGCCUACCCCUGCCCAGCAGCUCCAUCCUCAGCUGGAAGUUCUGUCAUGUUCUCCAUAAAGUCCUUCGAGACGGACACCCCAACGUUCUCCAUGAUUGCCAAAGGUAUCGGAGCAAUAUCCGGGAGAUUGGAGAUCUGUGGGGCCACCUCCAUGACCGCUAUGGACACCUUGUGACCAUUUACACCAAACUUCUGCUGACCAAGAUCUCCUUCCAUCUCAAGCACCCACAAUUCCCCCCUGGCCUGGAGGUGACCGAUGAGGUGCUGGAAAAAGCAGCUGGGACAGAUGUCAACAACAUAUUUCAGCUCACCGUGGAGAUGUUUGAUUAUAUGGACUGCGAGCUGAAGCUCUCGGAAUCAGUCUUCCGACAGCUCAACACAGCCAUCGCCGUGUCUCAGAUGGCAUCGGGCCAGUGCCGCCUGGCCCCCCUCAUCCAGGUGAUCCAGGACUGCAGCCACCUCUACCACUAUACAGUCAAGCUCAUGUUCAAACUCCACUCCUGUCUGCCAGCCGACACACUACAGGGACACAGGGAUCGUUUCCACGAGCAGUUUCACAGCCUCAGAAACUUUUUCCGGAGGGCCUCAGACAUGCUUUACUUCAAGCGCCUCAUCCAGAUUCCUCGGCUGCCAGAGGGUCCUCCCAAUUUUCUGCGGGCCUCGGCUCUGGCCGAGCACAUCAAACCAGUGGUGGUGAUUCCUGAGGAAGCCCCUGAGGAUGAAGAGCCAGAGAAUCUCAUUGAAAUCAGCACCGGUCCCCCAGCUGGAGAACCCCCGGUGGUGGCGGACCUCUUCGAGCAGACAUUUGGACCACCCAAUGGCACAGUGAAGGAUGAUAGGGACCUCCAGAUCGAGAACCUGAAGAGGGAGCUUGAGAUGCUCCGGGCUGAACUAGACAAGAUCAAGCUAGAGGCCCAGAGGUACAUCACGCAGCUGAAGGGGCAGGUGAAUGGGUUGGAGGCCGAGCUGGAGGAGCAGCGGAAGCAGAAGCAGAAGGCUUUGGUGGACAAUGAGCAGCUGAGGGACGAGCUGGAGCAGCUGAGGAAGGCCCGGCUGGAGCAUGAGCGGGCCCAGGGCCUCUACCAGGAGGCCGAGAAGAAGGCCAGUGCAACCGAGACACGGUACAUCAAGCUGAAGGAGAAACACAGUGAGCUGAUCAAUACCCACGCUGAACUACUCAGGAAGAACGCUGAUACGGCCAAGCAGCUGACGGUGACCCAGCAGAGCCAGGAGGAGGUGGCCCGGGUGAAGGAACAGCUGGCCUUCCAGAUGGAGCAAGUGAAGCGGGAGUCGGAGAUGAAGUUAGAGGACCAGAGUUACCAGCUGGAGAAGCUAAAGAGAGAGCUGGAGGCCAAAGCAGGAGAACUGGUCCGGGUCCAGGAGACACUGAGCCACAAGGAGCAGAGUGGGUCUGAACUGAGCUCCAAGCUGGAUGCCCUGUACUCGGAGAAGGAGUCUCUGUGCAGCACAGUAAGGCAGCGGGAGGCUGAGCUGCAGUCCGCGCAGAGCCUGGUGCAGGAGAAGGAGGCGGCCCUGAGCCGGGAGCAGGAGCGGAGCAGCCGGGAGAUUGGCGAGCUGCAGGGGAAGCUGGCAGAGAAGGAGGCUCAGCAGCAGGGUCUGCAGCAGAGACUCCUAGAUGAGCAGCUCUCCGUGCUCCAAGGCGCCGUGGCCGAGGCAGAGAACACCAUGAGGGAUGCUGUGAGCAAGCUGGACGACCCCCUGCACCUGCGCUGUACCAGCUCUCCAGAUUACUUGGUGAACCGGGCCCAGGCUGCCCUGGAUGCCUUGAGUGCCCUGGAGAAGGGGCAGAUGAAGUACAUGGCAUCGAUGACCGAUUCCUCCGCGCUAGUGGCAGCACUGGCCCAGUUUUCUCACCUGGCCGCGGACACCAUCAUCAAUGGGAGCGCCACCUCACAUCUGGCUCCCACAGACCAUGCUGACCGACUGACUGACACAUGCAGGGAGUGUGGGGCCCAGAGCCUUGAAUACCUAGGGCUGCUCAAGGACAGGCAGUCCCUGAAACAGGCCGACCCCAGCCGGAUGAGGGGCCCCCUCCAAGGCAUCCUCCAGCUAGGGCAGGAGCUGAAGCCCAAAAGCCUGGACGUGCGGCAAGAAGAGCUGGGUGACUUGGUGGACAAGGAGAUGGCUGCCACGUCAGCAGCCAUUGAAAACGCUGUUCGACGGAUCGAGGAUAUGAUGAACCAGGCCCGUCACGAGAGCUCGGGAGUAAAGCUGGAAGUGAACGAGAGGAUUCUCAACUCCUGCACUGACCUCAUGAAGGCAAUCCGACUGCUGGUGAUGACAUCCACCAGCCUGCAGAAGGAGAUUGUGGAAAGCGGGAGGGGGGCAGCAACCCAGCAGGAAUUCUACGCCAAGAACUCACGCUGGACUGAAGGCCUCAUCUCGGCAUCCAAGGCUGUGGGCUGGGGAGCCACCCAGCUGGUGGAGUCUGCUGACAAGGUGGUCCUGCACACGGGAAAGUAUGAGGAGCUCAUUGUCUGCUCCCACGAGAUUGCAGCCAGCACAGCCCAGCUGGUGGCUGCCUCCAAGGUAAAAGCUGACAAAAACAGUAGGAAUCUCAGCAGGCUUCAGGAGUGCUCGCGGUCCGUGAACGAGAUGGCCGCCAACGUGGUGGCCUCCACCAAGUCAGGCCAGGAGCAGAUCGAAGACAAAGACACCAUGGAUUUCUCGGGGAUGUCGUUGAUCAAGCUGAAGAAGGAAGAGAUGGAAACUCAGGUGAAGGUGUUGGAACUGGAGAAGAAGCUGGAGAAUGAGAGGAUGCGGCUGGGGGAGCUCCGGAAGCAGCAUUACGCGCUGGCCGGGGUGAUUGACGAGCCCGUGGAGGAGGAGCCGCCGCCGUUCAGCCGCCCCGUGGCCAGCCCUCGACGGGGUAUCCUGAAGAAGCCCCCACUAGCUCAGAAGCCCACCCUGGUGCCCAAGCAAGACUACCAGCUCCAGAAGGAGGAUGGUGUCUACCAGGCCCGGCUUAUGAACUCUUAAGGCCACUCAGCUCUGACUUUGAAGAGAAAUGAGGCUGGGGAGGGGGAGCCCUCCCUGGUCCCAGGGCAAAUGGGAAGGCUCCCUCCUGGCUCCCCUUUACCCAAAUGGUCAAGGAGACAUCCCCCCCAGUCCCCAGGCCCUGCAGGGCUUGGGGAUGGGGAAGAAGAGUGGAUCCCAGAGCCAGGAGCUAUCUGUGUUUUAAAC